AAGGUGACGCAUAUAUUACUCGAUUGGAGCGAUCUGGAAUACGUAUGUUUAGGGCAAAACACAGUUCGACACAAUUAAAAGUGAGCCAGAAGUUGAUCAGUUGGGUGGCUCGGAAUCAGUACGCAGCCCGAGAACGAAACGUCGACGUACCGACUCUCCACCGAUUAAGAAAAUGAGGAUAGAAGAGAAGACUAGCACUGAGACAGCACUCAUAAAGGAAGAGAAAACCGAGAGAUCACUUACGCCUCCAAGAGAAAUGUCAUUAUUUUCGCCACCGAAGGAAAAAUCCAGCACUAGCGAUACGGGCAAUGCAUUGCAGAAGAGACCUGGUAGAGGGACAGGACGGCCAAAACAAUACAAGGUGGAAAAAACACCAGUGAUGGGAGCAAAUGGACAACGACAGUGCACAUUCUGCAACGGGCAAGUACGUCCUCAAAUGUGUGGUAGCAACAAGCAUAGAUGGCGUUGUGUAGAUAAGAAGUGCCGGAAAUGGUAUGGAUGGGUGAAGAGUCAUGAGGAGAUUCCUAGAGAUCUGGGAAGGAAGGGACGCUGGAAUCGCGCUAAUCGCGUUAAGAAACUUGUGGUUGCAGCAGAAAAGAAAGAAGAAGAAGAUACAGGACCAGCUUCUCUUUCUUCGCAGGCUGAAGCGGCUCUGGCUGCUGCUGAGAUCCAAUCUAUGCGAAGUGACAAGACUGACCCACUUACGCUCAUCGUGGAACAAAAUGUACAGGUGCCCUUUCUGCGCAGAUAA